AUGUCAAUCAAGCUAAAGGUAGGACUGCAUAAGCAGCGGAUCGUUACAAUAACUACGCUUCUAAUGAUAGGCUUGCUAUGGUUUACAUUUUCUAAUAGCCAGCUACCUAUUGAGGGGUCACCAUCGUUGGGUGGUACCAAAUCCGAUCUGUUUGGAGGACUAAGUGCGAACGCGAAGAACGAUGAUGCAUCAGGUACGAUUAUGCCGAAGAUGCCUGAUCAGGAGGCGAAAAAGGCUUUGGGGCGGGCUUCAUGGAAAUAUUUCCACACUCUUUUAGCCAGAUUUCCCGACGAGCCUACAGAGCAAGAGAAAACGAAACUACGUGAAUUUCUUUACCUAUAUGCGGAGUUAUAUCCAUGUGGCGAAUGUUCUUACCAUUUCGUCAAGAUGUUGAAGAAAUACCCACCACAAGUAGCCAGUAGAACCACUGCUGCUUUAUGGGGCUGUCAUAUUCAUAAUCUAGUGAACGAUCAUCUUGAAAAACCAAGGUACGAUUGUAACACAAUCUUAGAAGAUUACGACUGUGGAUGCACUGACGAGAACGGUAAUAUCGAUCCAUCUUUGAAAAUGAACAAAGUAACGUUGAACAAAGAGGAGAAACAAUUGGGAUGA